AUGUUCACCUCAAAGGAAAGGGAAGGCGCUUCGUCGCCUGGGCCUGGAGCCUACUAUUCCCCCUCCCAGAUGAAGAGCUACCUGCAAGACCUCCGCACCAACCGCCCCGCUCGACCUACCGGAGCCCGCCCUGCACCCGCGCAUUUCAACACAUGGUCAAACAGGGCGAGUAAUCGCAUGUCGGAUUCGCACACGGUAGCCUCGCUGCAGCGCACCUUUACAGACCCUGCCGCCGACGUCGACGCCCGACCAGCCUCCUCGCACGAACCCAAGCGACAUAGCCGGACGCCGUCCAAGCUGAGCAUAGACGAAGUGGUAAAGGGCCCUGGAAGGCCCGUUGUACAACCUCCGCGCGGGCGCAACACAUCGUCGAGGUCCUCGUCACCAUCACGCAUAUCAAGCGUGCAAUACCGCGAACGCGAACAGCGCCAGGUGGAGCAGGACGAAGCCCGGGCCAUUCGCGUCGCAAUGGAGGAUUUGGAACUUGCCCAGGAGGAGAAGCUGUUCGAGGCGGCACGGGACGAGGCGGCCGAAUUGGUGUGGAAGCAUUGCAAUCCACAUGCUGCCGAAAAUAACCCAAAUGCACCGUAUUCCUAUCCGGGUCUGGCAAAAAAGGGCAGCGCGCCCAGAAGUCGGAGCGUCGAACCGAAGGACCAGGAUCUUCAGCGAGCCAAUUCAAAAUUGCGCAAGCGACAUUCCAUGAGCAGUGCCGCUUCAGGGAGCAGGAGUAGCAGCCUACAGAGCAACGGACAAGGAGGCAGUACAGAUACGUCAGCCUCCAACACAUCGUCUACCAAGGGCAAAAAGGACGAGUCGCCAGCACUCGCCAAAGCCAUCUCCGAUCUUCCUGACUUCAAGCAACGACGAAGAAGCAGCGGAGCGCGCCGUACGACGAGCGGAAGCCUUUUCCAGAACCCGAACGAUCAGAUAUACGAAGAGCCCGAGGAGGAAGCACCGCCUGCACCUAUACCUAGACCUGCUGCCACCGCCGAACCUCCAAAGUCGGAAAAGCUACCACUGGGCAUAAGACGCAAUCCUUUUAUGCGCUUCCAGUCAAUCAAGGGCAAUCCCAUGAUGCGAUCCAACACCGACCCCACCAUGGCCUCCAAACGACUGGACCGCUAUGAGAUACAGAAGAAUCCUCCCACACAAUCACGGAACGCAGCCUACACCCUGAACUCUGGUGAAGCAAAGCCUGCCGAGCCUGCGAAAGCAGAUGUUGAGAAUGUUCCCGAGGUGAAGAUGAAGGACGGCAAAGAGAUUAGAAGUGACGAGCUCCGUGCUGCCACUGGGUUCCGUCUCAAGGACCGCAGUCCGAAGCUGCCCACUCCCACUGCAGUCUCCGAUGCUCCAGGACGGCCUAUUGUCUCUUUUAAGAAGGAUUGGAAUAUCAUCGAACUGAAGGAAGAGAUAUCUGCUGUACCUGACCUAACACCGCGGCCUCUGAAUCCUAACAAGUCCGGGCCACCGCCGCUCGAGCACGCUGCCACGGCCCCUGUUGUCCCUAUCAUCAGUCUAGCCCCGGAUAUGCCAACACGAUCCACAACUCCGAGGCCACCAGCAACCGCAGAGGCCAAGCGGUCUUCUGUUUUAGCACCAGAGGUGCCCAAUCGAAGCACCACUCCAAGGCCGACUACACCAUCUUCUCGCAAUGCUGCUCCAACUUCGUGGAUAGGUAGACAAGCAAAACCUGCCAUCAACAUCUACGAAGAUCCUCCAACUCCAGCACCGACGAGACCACUACCACUCUCCCACAGCUUCAACGGCACACCUACCAGUCGCGGUGGCCACUGGACACCAACCACGGUCCGUACAGGUGCUCUAUGUACCCAAUGUGCUCUGCCUAUUGCUGGUCGUAUCGUGUCUGCAGGAGGAUCACGCUUCCAUCCCGAGUGCUUCGCUUGUUAUCAAUGUGGCGAGCACCUCGAAUGCGUAGCCUUCUACCCCGAACCCUCCAACAAGCAUGCCGAGCGCGUUCACCGGAUACGCGCCCGUCUCUCCGGCCAAGACAUACCCUAUCUCCCCUCGCAUGCUACAGCCGAGGACAUGGCGCGUCUCGAGCACGAUGACGGCACCGACGAAUCCCCACGCUUCUACUGCCAUCUCGACUUCCACGAGCUCUUCUCCCCCCGAUGCAAGAGCUGCAAGACACCCAUCGAAGGCGAGGUCAUCGUGGCAUGUGGUGCGGAAUGGCAUGCGGGCCACUUCUUCUGCGCCCAGUGUGGUGACCCAUUUGAUAGCACGACGCCCUUUGUGGAGAAGGAUGGCUAUGCCUGGUGUGCUCUGGUCCCUUUCAAGAUGGCCGCUACUUUUUGCGAGGAGAGAGUGAGGAUCCGGUUUGUGUGCGGUGUGAGGAGAGGAGGUUAA